UCGACAAGUAUUUUGCUUAUGUUAUUUCCAAAUAUGGGACUGCAUUAUGGUUUUAUUGCUAUACAGCAAUAUGAAUAUGUAGAAAUUGGGGUACGUUGGAAAAAUUUCCACAAACCUGGAGGAUACGAUUCCAACGACAUUUCAAUGUUAAACGUAUUUGUUAUGUUGAUAAUCGACUGCUUCAUUUAUUUGAUUCUGGCCCUCUAUCUGGACGCUGUAAAUCCCGGAAAAUAUGGCAUGCCAAAAGACAUAUUUUUUCCUUUCAAAAAAUUGCAUAGCUUUUUCAAAAAGCACAACAAUGUUGAUAUUGAAGAAGGAGCAGAGUCCUUCCAAGUGCGAGAUCAAGAAAAAUCAAAGCUAACUAAGGGCAUCGAACUAAUAGAUUUGCAAAAAAAAUACGGCAAGAAGACUGUAGUUAAAAAAUUAAACAUGGGAAUCUACCAAGAUCAAAUUACGGUGCUGCUGGGUCAUAACGGUGCCGGAAAAUCUACUACAAUGGGAAUGAUAACCGGUAUGAUAAAAAAAACAGCAGGCAAAAUUAUUAUCAACGGAAAAGAAGUACAAUCCAGAUCGGAUAUAACCGAAUCACUCGGUCUCUGCCCGCAAGACAGCUUAUUUUUUCCCACCUUGACUGUUACAGAGCAUUUGAUCUUUUUUGCAAUGUUGAAAGGCAAAAGUUGUCAAGAAUCUAAACGUGAAAUACAGGAUCUUUUACCCAAAUUACAUCUGAGUGACAAAAAAAACUCUUUGGCUGACAAACUGUCUGGCGGUAUGAAAAGAAAGCUUUGCCUUGGCAUGGCAGUUAUUGGAGGAUCAAAGAUUUUGAUACUGGACGAACCAUCAUCAGGAAUGGAUCCAGAAUCCCGUAGAGAAAUGUGGGAUUUGCUACAUGAAUGGAGAAAUGAAAAAACAAUUCUUAUCACCACGCAUUUUAUGGAAGAAGCUGAUGCCCUUGGCGACUGGAUUGCUAUUAUGAACGAUGGAGAACUAAAAUGCUAUGGUACCCCAAUGUAUCUAAAAAAGCAGUAUGAAACUGGUUCCAACUUGAUUCUGCUCAUUAAAAAAAACAAAGAUGUCAAAGAGGCUGUUAAGGAACUUGAAAAAGUGAUAAAGUCCAUGUUUAACUCAGCAAAAUGCAUUGGUAUCAAUGGUAAUGAGGUCCGAUUUUUCCUUCCUGAAGGCAACUACAUUAAAUUGUUCGAAUUCUUGGAAUCCAAUAAGGAUAAAUAUGGCAUUGAAAAUAUUUCUUUUACUUGCACCACCCUUGAAGAUGUGUUUUUAAGUCCCAAAGUGACUGCGCACGAGGAAGAUGAUGAAUAUGUUAGAAGCGAUUUGACAUCCAUCGCAAGAACAAAAGAAUCUGCCUUCUACCUAACCUUGAAAGCUUUAAUUUUCAAGAGAUACAUAUUCAUUUUCAGAAAAUCCAUAUUUUACAUAAUUCCAACACUUGUUGCUUUUCUUUUCAUUGGAUUGUGUGUUUAUAUGGGCUCCCAAACACAAGCAGAUGACACACUUGAUAGUGGACCUCCUUUAAAAAUAUCUUUGAGCGCUUACGGCAAAACAACAGUUUAUUUAAAUACCAUCGGUGGCUCUGACUCUGAUGACAUUCGCAAAAUUUACGAGCGAUUAGUUUCGGAUCAGAAUAGCAAAUUGAAUAUUGUCAGUGAUGUUUCUCAAAGUAUUCUUGCAGAAGCUAAAGAGUAUUUACCCUAUUACCAUCAGCACAUGAUUGUAGCAGCUGAAAUUUUUACUAGAGAAUCUGGAGGACAAAAAAUAAUCGAGGCUGCCGCCCUAUACAACAACUUUCCAAUACACUCUGUACCAAUUUCCUUCAACUUGCUAAGCAAUACCAUCGCAAAAUAUACCUUGGGAGAUAAGUACUCAAUAUCAACCACACAUCACCCACUGAUGGGCUCUAAAAUCAAGGAUAAUGUGACAAAUAACCUGAACAGUGUUGAAAUUAUUAUCUUAUGGCAAGCAGUGAUGCCUUGGGGAUUCCUAUUCUUUGUUGGUAGUUUCAUCUACUUUCCCUAUGUUGAAAUGUCUACAAAAUUCACUCAACUUCAGUUUAUGUGCGGUGUGAAACCUGCUGUUUAUUGGCUGACUACGUUUGCUACAGAUUUCGUUAUUUAUCUGCUAGUAGCACUUGUGAUUUGUCUUAUUUUUACUUUAUGCUGGACACCUUACCGAGGAAUUAAGAAAUUUGGUGCAUUCUAUUUGGUCCUAGCAUUGUACGGCACAUGCGCAAUACCCUACUGUUACUUAUUCGCCAGAUUGAAAUCAUUUGCCUCAGGUUACUCACAUUUCAUUACAAUUGGAUCAUUCACAGGAAUUAUUUUCACGAUGGGCGUAAUCGCUCUACAAGAACUUCCCGAAGCAGGUGAAGCGGGCAACAUUCUAAAUGUAAUAUUUUCGAUAACUUGUCCCCAAUACGGUCUUAUUUAUUGGGGCCUAAAGUUCUCACUCAAGGUCAUUGAAAAUUAUAAUUUCGAUCAUAGAAUCAACGCAGCCUAUAGGCAUGAUGAUAGGCGGCGUCAUCUUGACAUAUGCUCUAUCGACAACGAACACAGAAGUCCUUGUUGUGAUGGAACUGGGCCUGCUUGUGAUGCCUGGAGAAGCUACAUUAAUUCUGAAAUUUAUUAUAUGCUUUUAUGUGCUGUAAUUUAUCUUCUCCUAAAUAUUAUAUUAGACAGUUAUUUGAGAAAGAGAUUUAUGAAUUGGGUGCGUAAUAUUUCCACCAAGCAUUACAAUAGGAUACCAAAUCCUCCAGACACUGCCGAAGAAUUAGCUGACCAUAGUACUUUACGAGUGAAAAAAUUGAAGAAGUUUUAUUCGGGCAAACUAGUAGUUAAGGAUGUGAGCUUAAAUUUAAAGAAAGGACAAUGCUUGGGUAUUUUAGGCGUCAACGGAGCAGGCAAAACAACCACGUUCAAAAUGUUAACCAGAGAAGAAGUUAAAGAUAAUGGGGAUAUCAAAAUUAAUGCCUAUAGUGUUGAAAAUGAUAAGUUUUUGAAGAAGUUAGGAUAUUGCCCACAAGACGACGCCUUGAACUAUUCCUUAACGGGAAGGGAUAUUUUGAAGACUAUAGCUAUGUUACGAGGAAUACAAGAUGCUCUGAUAGUUGAUCAAUUUUUGGAUUUAUUCGGUCUGGCAAAAAUCGCCGACAUCAAAUGCGAACAAUACAGCGGCGGUAAUAAGCGCAGACUGAGCUUUGGAGUUGCGGUUAUCGGUUUCCCAGAUUUCAUUUUGCUGGACGAACCGACGAACGGCGUCGACCCCUUAUCCAGGCGGAAGUUUUGGUCUCUGAUAAAAAAAAUCAGAGAUAUGAAACAAAACUCGUUUAUUUUGACAUCUCACAGUAUGGCCGAAUGUGAGGCUGUAUGCAACGAUUUAAAAAUUAUGAAAGCAGGAACUAUAAAAAAGGAAGGUCCAAUAGCUCAACUGAAGAAUGAAGUAUGCGGCUUUAAUGUGAUGCUAAAGCUCAAACAAGGUGACUAUGAUAAAGGUGGAGGACCAAGCAAAUCACAAAUCACAACCGUUACUGAGCUGAAGGAUUUUUUCCAGAAGAAGUUUCCAACUGGACAAAUCAGAGACGAACACUCAGGCAUGAUUCAUUAUUACAUAGAAUCUAAAGAAAAAAGGUGGUCGCAACUUUUUGGUCUGUUUGAAGACCUAAAGCAGAAAUCCACAUUGAUUGAAGAUUAUAGUAUAAGCGAAGCUUCUUUGGAGGAUGUAUUUUUGGACGUCGCCAGACAUGACGAUGUUGCUGAGGAGGGAAACCGUUGAAAAGUGAAAAAAUCCUCCAAGUUUGUUUUACCCUGGCCCUGUGAAAAGUCAAAGACACUCUGAGAAAUUAAAUUUUCAGGACGGUGCUUCGAUUCAUAGGGCGUGAAAAAUGAAUUGAAUGGGUGAUUGGAAAAAGGAUAAAAUUCCAGUAAGCCUUACUUUUGGGAAAUCAAAAAAAAAAAAACGUUUUUGCGGCGAAGCCGGCAAUUUUACAAAUAUCAUUACUAUUGGCCAAUUGUACACUUUGACAAAGUACAUUUGAUGCCAAAGUUUCACCAGUUUAUACCUAUCUGGUAACUAGCUACUGGUAUUUGAAAGUAUAAAAAUUGUAUCGUUUUUCCACUCAAAAUGAAAAUUUUAUCCUUUUUCCACUCAAAAUGCAAAAAAAAAUUGAAAAAAAAAAAGAAAAAGACGACAUUUAUAAAGAAGUAGUAUUUAUUGAAGAAAAGCAUUUCAAAAACUCAGAUGCUCGAUGCUCUGAUAUAGCGCGAAGUUCUAAAUCCAUGGAAGAACAACACAAUUUCAGGAAUAUUAUCCUUUUUCCAUCACUCACAAAUAAAAUUAUCAUAUGAAGCGGGCCGGCGAUUUUAUCGUUUUUGGGCUCAGCGGAAAGAUAAGAGAAAUUAGAAUAAAAUAGCUAUCUCACUUUAAUUCGCCAUAUUUUUGGAAUUUUAUCCUUUUUCCAAUCACCCAUUCAAUUAAUUUGUACAAUUUAUAUAAUAAUUUUGUAUGUAUGUAUGUAUUGUAUUUUUAAAUUAUAUUUACUGUUGGUGAUACCUAAAUAUUUCAGUCUGUGAUACAUUUUGAAGGUUAAUAAACUUAUCAUAA